AAAAUGGAUAAUGACAGUGACUCUGAUGUUGGUGAUAUCUUAAAUGAUCUAUUAGCUAAUGGUGAUGCAGAAGAAUGUCAUGUAUCACCACCAAAAACAACUCUAAAAGAAUUAGAUUUUAAUUUUUUGGAUAGUACACCUAGUAUAAGUAAUGAAAAUAAAUCUGAUAAUCAAGAAAAGAAAAGCCAAGUUUAUGAUGAUACAGUGGAUUCUUCAGAUGAUGAAGACAGACGUUAUUUUGAAGAACAAAAAUAUUCUAAUUAUGGCCGUGAUAUAAAAUCUUUAUUAAAAAAAGAAACUCCUAAGACAAAUGAAGAUAGAUCACUGUCACGUGAAAGUAGCAAAACAUUUAAUUUUAGUGCAACAAAAAGCAAUAGAAAUGAAAAUAUAUCAGUUAGUAAUACUCUUGUUACAUUAAAAGAUGUUUAUAGUGAUCCUUUUUUUGGAUUAAGAAUUGUUAAUCCAGUAGUAUCUUCAGCUGAGCUAAAAGCACGUAUGAUUGAUAAAACACCAGUAACAAUAUCAAAAGUCAAAUAUCAUCUUUCUUCAGAAAGAGCAGAGAAAGAUUGGGUAAUUGCAGGAGUAUUGAUAAAUAAAUCUCUUCCAAAGACUUCUCAAAAGGGAAAUUCAUAUGCUAUAUGGAAAAUAAGUGAUUUAUCUGAAAAUAUGAACACUGUGUGUCUUUUUAUGUUUAGUAAUGCAUAUAAAACUCUUUGGAAAACUACUAUUGGAACUGUAAUAGGUGUCCUUAAUCCAAAUGUUUUAGAAUCUAAAGAUAGUACUGAUCUAGCCACAUUAUCCACUGAUAAUCCUCAGAAAGUUAUGAUUCUUGGUAAAUCUAAAGAUAUGGGAAAAUGCAGAUCAAUAAAAAAGAAUGGAGAACCAUGUAAUUCUAUUGUAAAUAUUAGCCGUUGCGAAUUUUGCUUGUAUCAUAUUAAACAAGAAUAUAAAAAAUGUUCAUCAAGAGCAGAAUUACAAUCAUUCAGUAAUACACAAAAGUUUUCAAUAGAUAUGUUUAAGAAUAAACCGCAACAACCGCGAAAACCACUUUACGAUAGUAUGCCCGAAUUUAUUGGUGUUGUUGCUGUAAAAAGUAAAAAAUUAGAAGAAAAAGAUGCUAAACGGUUAGCAUUACUUUCAGGUAGCCAAAAAAUGGAAAAUUCAACUUGUACAAAUUUGGGUAAGGCAAAUGAUAAAAUUACAAAAGCAGAAACACCAAAGCAACAAAUAAAAAAGGAUUCUGAACAAAUGAGGGAAUCAAGAGGCUGGAAGGCUACUGCAUUAUCUCAAGCAUCUUCUCAUGAUAAAAUUAUAUCUCUGUCACCUACAUUAUUAAUGUCAAAAUCCAACAAUCAAAAUAAUUCAGGGGAGAAAAAUUUAAGUAUGCUUUCUUCUGUAUCUUCAAGUCCGCGUUUAGGUAUUGGCUGUCUUGGGGGAACAAUAGAUUUGUCAGAACCUAUAACUAAAAAACAAAUGAAUGUAGCUAAAAAUAACGCGCUUAAAUGGGUAAAAGAAAAUGGAAAAAUUAAGGCUAAGAAUCCUAACAAAGUACGUUUAAAUAAAGAAGAGAAAUUAGAAAAAGGAAAAAAAAGACCAAGAGAAUUGGAAAAUAGCGAUGAACCGGACACAAAGAAAUCAAAUGUUGUGUCUGACAAAUUUAAAGAAAUGUUGCAAGUUAAAUCUGCUCAUACAGAUCUUAUUGAAAAAUCUUAUGAGCAGGAGAAAGAAAAGUACUUCAAUAAGUUAGAAAUGAAAGAAAGAAUGGAAGAAAAAAUGUUAACUACUUAUAAGGUCCCCUGUAAAGCUGUUAAAUGUUUACUGUGUAAAUAUACAUCAUUUUCUGCUUCUGAAAUAUGCAAAGAGCAGAAGCAUCCAUUGCGUGUUAGUGAUGCAGUAAAGAGAUUCUUCAAAUGUGCAGAUUGUGGAAACAGAACAGUAAGUUUGGACAGAAUACCUUCGCAUAGUUGUAUAAAAUGUAGCAGUUCAAAUUGGACAAGAGCUGCAAUGAUGGAUGAAAGAAGAACAAAAGUUUCUGUCUCCGCGUUAUCGAUACGUGGAGACGAAGAAUCUUACCUAGGAUCAAGUAUUAAAGAUGCCAAUCUUAAUCUCUUGAUACCAGAGACAGAUGACAAGUAA